AUGGGCUCGGCCGUGGUCUCCGCCUCCGAGCCAGCGGACCCGCUGGCCUCGCUCUCCAGCGACCAGACGGCGCUGCUGACGGCCGCCACGCUGGCCGCCGCCGGCCGGCCCGAGCCGGACGCCGAAGACCCGCUCACCGGCGUGCUGGACGCCAUCGCCGGCCUGCUUCCCUCGCAGAGCGAGCUCGACCAGCUGAUGGAGGGCUCCGAGCCGACGCCAGCGCCGCCCGUGGCGCCGGUGGGCGAGGCACGCAUAGACCCGGCCACCUGCCAAGUCAACCUGCUGAACCAUCUGAUGCAGAUGCAGCUGGCCCUGCAGCAGCGUCUGGACACGGUCGAGCAGCACCUCACGGCGCUGGAGAAGGUGGCCGACCUGGACGCCUCCUGGGGCGGCGAGCAGCCCGGCGGCAGCGCGCGCCAGCUGCUGCAGACCGUGCUGCGGGACGUCCAGCUGGUGGAGCGCAUGGCUCAGACCAGCUGACGGGCCAGCACCAGGCCCGGCUGAGGCCGGCGGAGCGGCGCGGGCGCCGGCUGCUGCAGACCGUGCUGCGGGACGUCCAGCUGGUGGAGCGCAUGGCUCAGAUCAGCUGACGGGCCAGCACCAGGCCCGGCUGAGGCCGGCGGCGCGGCACCGGCGCCGGCUGGGGACCGUGCCCGCGGCGGGGCGGCUGCAGCCGGCGAGGAACACGCUGCGGUGCUCUGUUCGCGCCUCCCGUGCGAGUCAUCUGAGCGUGUGGACGUUGGUAAUGAUGAUUGCAGUGCAAGCCUGUUGUCGGGGUGAGCUGCGCUGAAUAGUCGGGACAUCUUUAUUGUUUGUAUUGAAGGUUUUGUGGCCAUUCAGCGUUUGCUUUCGUGGACACCUCUUGGUGGUUAUAAGUGCAAAGAGUGUGAAACUUAUGUGUUUUUGUCAUCUCACAGCUGGUCGUAAAAAGCGUGUUUGCCGUUGGGCGCCGGAGUCCAACUCGGCUUGUUGUGCGGGGCUGCACUGCCUGUGUUACUUGUGCAGGGCUAUACUACUUGUGCUGCUCACGCGGGCCUGUGGCUACAAUGCCGUAUUGCGUUGAAUGACUUGCUUUUCGCAAAAUAAAUUGAUGCCUCUGUUCCUUU